AAUUGAAGGAAAAGAAAAGGAAAAAAAAAGAAAAAAAGAAAAGUGUUCGAUACUUCGUAUUGACGGAAAGGUAAAAUAAUUUAGAAUGCAAAAGAGAACAGAAUCAAGCUCGAAAAGCGAAGGUCCAAGACGAGUAACAGCCAUGCGAUUGAUAUGGGGGUCCGUGAUUACUGUUUUUCAAUUGUGUUUGUGGGUGAAUUGCCAUGCACCCAAUCGAAGACCCUUUAGCCAUAGAGGCUGGCAGACGCCAGAAGACAUUUUGGCUAGACACUUCACCUCAAAUUCUGUCCGACAAGCUUUCAGUAUAGCUAAAGAUGCCAUCUCAGCUCGACACUCCAUAAUAGAUGGAAGAAGUCUGACACCCGAUCCCAAAAGAGAUGUUCCAUCAGCUCGUCAUCAACAUUUCCAAGGUAUUCAUGGCCGUGCUGCACUGUCAGAAAGUCUGCAAGAACUGUUUGAAGAAGGGACUAAGAUUUUGCUAGACAGGUUCAAUCUGACUCCAGGACAGAUUAUCUCCAGUGUGGCGGAUCUCCUCAACAUUCUACAAGGAGAUGAAGUUCAAAGUUGUGAGUCUCAGUUUAAUUUCAGCUGCAAUCGCAACUCUCGAUACAGAAAUUUCGACGGAACCUGCAAUAAUUUGCGAAACCCUUCCUGGGGUAUGGCAGCAGCCUGCUUUGAAAGGCUUGUCGAUCCAGACUAUGCCGAUGGCACCUCUGCGAAAAGAGUAUCAGUGUCAGGGAAUCCCUUACCUCCUCCUCGUACUAUUUCUUUAGAAAUCCACGACCAUCUGGACAACCCUACAAAAUAUAUCACCCAUAUGUUUAUGGUGUAUGGUCAAUUCCUAGACCAUGACAUAUCGUUGUCUCCUGUCAGCCAAGGACCAAACAACCAGCCUUUGGAAUGUUGUCCAGUGAAUGAUGGCAAUCCCCAAUGUGACCCAAUCCUCCUCGGAAGUAAUGACCCAUUCUUCAGUCCCCUUGGAAUUAAUUGCUUAAACAACGUUCGAUCUGCUAUGUGUUCCACUUGCUCACUUGGACCCAGGCAGCAAAUAAAUCAGGUGACGUCUUACAUAGAUGCCUCUCAUAUUUAUGGAUUUAAUCUGGCUCAAUCUUCUGCACUGAGAAAUAACGAUGGAUCAGGAACAAUGCGGUCCACAAAUUCUACAGUUGGUGGAGAACUUCUACCUCCCAGUUUUAAUCCCAACGAAGAUUCCUGCAGUUUUCAAGACCCUAUUCUAAACUGCUUCGAAACAGGAGAUCAGCGGUCAAACCAGCAUCCUGCUCUCACUUCUAUGCAUACUCUGUUUUUAAGAGAGCAUAACAGAAUCGCCAGAAGACUAAGAGAACUGAACAGAAAUUGGGACGGUGAGAGAAUAUACCAGGAGGCAAGGAGAAUAGUUGCAGCCAUUAUGCAGAUGAUUACUUACAACGAAUUCCUACCUCUAGUUAUUGGUCCAGAAAACAUGAAAAAGUAUGAUCUGUACAUACAGCGGAAUGGAUACACUCAGUAUGACGACACAGUGCAGGCAACUUUGGUGAACGAGUUCUCAACCGCAGCUUUUCGCUUUGGACAUUCGAUGAUUAACAGCUUUUUCCCACAACUAUCGAGAGGAUCGAGCUCCAACGAAAGGCUGAGAGAUAUUUUCCAAUACCCUUUUGGUCUACACAGAGGAGAACUGGAGGGCUUGAUCAGAGGAACUACUCUGUCACCAUCGCAGACAUUUGAUCGGUAUAUGGUGAAGGAUGUUACCAACCAUUUGUAUCAAACUCGUGGGAAUACGAGUGGAUUGGAUUUGGCUGCUAUCAACAUCAACAGAGGUCGUGACCAUGGAAUUCCUGGAUAUACAACGCUCGUUGAUUACUGCGGAGGAUCUCAAAUCAGAAACUGGAGGCAGUUGGAUGGAAUCUUUCAGCGUAGACUUUCAAGCCUUUUUCAGAGACUUUAUGAAGAUGUGCGGGAUAUCGAUCUAUUUUCUGGAGGACUGGCUGAGCGUCCUGUCUUAGGAGCCGUCAUAGGACCGACAUUCACUUGUAUUGUAGGUAUUCAGUUCUAUCACCUUAAGUAUGGAGACAGAUUUUACUUUGAACACGGAGGCCAAACUGGAUCAUUUACACCAGCUCAAUUAGCAGAGAUAAAGAAAGUAACUUUAGGAAAGCUAAUCUGCCAGAAUUCUAAUAUUGAUCAAAUACAAGCCAAGGUGAUGCUGUAUAAAAGCAAUAUAAAUCCUGUAGUAAACUGUGAUCAUUUACCAGAAAUGAAUUUAAGAGUCUGGAGAUAAUAAGGAAUAAAUAUUGGAAAAACAGAUUGGAUAAGUAUGCUGAACCAAAACACUAUGACCAACUCCAGUGGAUUGAAAGAAAAGAAAAUCAUUGGAAUAAAAACCUUAAUUAUUUUCGCUCAAAUUCAUAUUUUAUA